GCUAGGAACAAAGUUCGAAGUCGCUUCAAUCAAUAACAAACAGCUGCUACAACAUCCAUGUAAACAUGGUAUAAAUCAUGUGACACGGUGUAAGGAACCAACACAUAGGAACUAUGAACUUUUCAAGUCCAGGUGACGGUAUAAAUUCGGACCUAAAUGGUGAAUCCCCCGGAUAUUUUCACGAAAGAUUGUACCCGUCCGUGGAUUCUUUGAUAAAUUCAGAUUCAUUUGAAGAAAUAGACAGUGAUACCAACUCCAUAGCAGAGUCAGUUGCAAGCCUAGGAACUCCUCCAAGGUGUAGGAAAUACUUGUACCCGAAAAAGGAAUAUGUUGAUCAUUUACAGCCUGAAGAAAUUAGGUGGUUCUACAAGAGAGAGGGUGAUAAGAAAUGGCUACCUUUUAUUGGUUAUGACUCCUUACGAAUUGAAUGUAGGUACAGAGUUCAACAGCAGAAUGGGACUGAUGGACUGUCAGAAGCGGAAAUUGCUGACUUAGAUCUUAUCCUGGUUCGCGGUGGAUUGUAUGAAGUUGAUGUUCCUAAUGCCAAUUGCAAACCAGUUUAUUGGUCAGGUGAUCAAUACAAGAUCAUGAGAGGCACUUGGUUCUAUGACCAGACCUGGCAACCUGUUGAAGAAGGCUUUGCUACGCAGAUUGAAACAGAAUACCUAAGUACAUUCCUUGGUCACAGACUUGAUGAGAUGUCGAAAGCUCCAGUGAAAGGACCCAGACCUGUGGUACUGAACAUCAGAUUCACUGAUUUCUACAUUGAGUGGAAUUCCCCUGUGGAUGCCUUCAUGUUCAGUGAUUCUGCCUCGUCUCGAUUGAUAAGAGCAGUUGGCCACAAACUUGGUGUCCAAAAGACGGGAAGUCGCGUUCACCGAGGCUACUGCUUGGAGGCGAUGAUGGAUGACAAGCCUACAGAUAUAUCUCAUCUCAUAUUUGUGGUCCAUGGUAUUGGUCAGAAGAUGGACACAGGGCACAUUGUUAGAUGUGCACAGGAAUUGAGGGAUAGAAUGCAUUAUGUGACUGCUAAACUUUUCCCAAACUUUGAACAUAAUGAGAACCGGCGAGCUGAAUUUCUUCCAGUUGAAUGGCGGUCUUCUUUAAAACUAGAUGGAGAUACAGUAGAAUCACUGACUCCUCAAAAGAUGCGAGGUAUACGGACAAUGUUGAAUGCAAGUGCCAUGGACGUGCUAUACUACUCAAGUCCUCUCUAUAGAUCAGAGAUAACUCGAAGUUUAGAAGCUGAGUUAAAUCGUCUGUAUAAAAUGUUCUGUGAGCGCCAUCCAUAUUUUGAACCAAAUGGAGGAAAAGUCUCAAUUGUUGCACACUCCUUAGGAUGUGUUAUAACGUAUGACAUCAUCACGGGCUGGAACCCUAUCACUUUGUAUGACCAGUAUGUCUCAUCAGUCAUUGACGAGGAGAGGGAGCAGGCUGGAGGAUCACAAGAGGUUCAGUCAGAGCUGGACAAGGCAAAACACAGGGUGAAUGAGGUCGAGUCUGUAUUGAACAACAUUCACAAUAAACAACUACAGCAAUCCCCACCACUGUCAUUUGAGGUGGAGAACCUGUUCUGCCUGGGAUCUCCCCUGGGUGUGUUUCUAGCCCUGAGGGGGGUGCGUCCCCAGGCUAAGGGCACGUUAGACCACAUCAUUCCAAAACACAUCAGCACCCGCCUCUUCAACAUCUACCAUCCCUCCGACCCUGUUGCCUACAGACUUGAGCCUCUGGUGCUAAAGCAUUACUCGACAGUGCAUCCCUUGGUCAUACACCGGUAUGACACUGCCGACAAAACACCAUACACACAGAUACAGUCAAAGGCGUUUGCUGCUUUUCAGGGCUCCAGUGAGGUGUUGUCUGAGAAGGCUGAGACAGACAGUGUGGACAGUGCAAGUUGUUCAACUGCAUCCAAGGAGAGCUCCCCUACCCGGAAACGUAUUGCUCUCAAUACAGUUGGUGGCUGGUUUAACAGUAUAACCAAGAGCAUGAGUAUGGAUGAAGAAGGCAUGUCUGCGGAACUCAAGAUGUUCAACCGGCUAGAAAAGGAGGCGGAGAAACGAGACCCAACCCCUCUUAUGGCCAAUAGCCAUGACAACAUUGAUCACACAGACUUGGAAUACCGUUUGGAUUACACUCUACAAGAAAGUGGUGGAAUCACGCGGGGUUAUAUCUCUGUAGUAACCUCCCAUACCUCAUACUGGACCAAUCGUGACAUAGCUUGCUUCAUUCUCACUCAAUUACACCCCUCCCUGCAGGAGAAGCAGUUACCUUGAAACUUUUACAUUGAAAUUGUGACCUUCACCCUGAGUGACCUUUUACACAGUGGCUUUCAACCUGUGACCUUGAACCUGUGACCUUCAACCAGUAACCUUGAAAAUACCAUGUUUAAACAAAUACCUCUUAUCCCUGACCUUCACAUAGUGAUCUUGAAACUAUGAUCUCUGGUGUUCUAUCCUUUGCUUUGUCACGUAUUGUGAGUUUUAGGGUUGUCAUUUUUAAACUGAAUCUUUUUCCUUUGUUUUUUUAUCUUGCCAUUGAGAUGGAUUUCAUGAAAAUGUAGAACUCAGAAGGUUAAUGUUAUACUUUUGUCUGUGACAUAUUGGAGAAAUAUGAAGUGCUUCCAAAUGUUUGCCUAAAUUUAUAGUGUGAACUGUUAACCUAUUGCUGUUGUCUGACUUACAAUAUAGUUCAACUUUUGUAAUAAAUUUUAAUGAAUUAUUGAAGAAGUAACAUCAUGAGCAUUGAUAUGGCUAUGUAAACAUACAUGUAGGAUUUAAAGUGUAUUACUUACACCUAAGUCUGUACAAUAAUGAAACUUUGUUAAAACACUAGGCCCCAAUAUCACGAAAAUACUCAAGUCAAAUCCCUAUCACUCUCUCAACUCAAAUAACAGCAUCAUAUGAUUUAAAAUCCCAUUUUCUCAUUUAUUAUGUUGAGAAAAAAAGAGAAAAAAGUUGAGAUCGAGAUUUGACUUAAGUAUUUUCGUGAUAUUGGGGCCAGUUAAGGUAUUGUAAUAGCCUUGGUGUCAUUGUGCAAAAGUUUGGCCAUAUCUAAAUAACUGUUCAAAAUAUUUAUGCAGAACCAAAAGUUGUACACAGGACAAACAUAAUGUUAACAAGGAUGAUAUGCACAUGUGAACCAAAAGUCACAACUCUUAACUUUUGAUAAUUGUUAGGUUAUGCUUCUUAUUGGCUGAGAAAACCCUCCAGACAAGUGUUGGCAUGGUGUUACAGAUGUCUUGUAGGUGAUGCAUCACAAGCAUCAUAGUGAUAUCAAUCAGUAAAACAUCAUCACAUGCAAGAGUGAUAAUUGAUAGUCAAAUUUUAAUAUCUAAAUAAUAAAUAUAUCCGGUAAUUGAAACACCAUCUUGUGCACAAGUGAUAAUCAAUAUUAAUUUAAAUAUUGGUGAAAUAAAUAAAUCUUUCUUUACCUUCAUAGUCAUUCCUUAAAGUAAUAUUGUAGGAGUUUCCAAGCUUCAUAUAUAUAUAUGUAUAUUUUAUUCCAUCCUUGUAUGUUAUAUCAAAAUUGUCUGAAUAUUUGUUUUUACAUUUUAGGGUUUUCAAUUGUGAUCAAAGGAAAGGUUGUUUUUAUUUGUCAAGUUUAGCAUUAUUACGACUCAUUCCAGAUAGUCAUAUGAUACCAUCACUGGAUUGCAAUAAUGGAAUCAUUUACAUGCUUCUCAUGUGUUUCAAGAGAUGCUUACGAGUUUAUUCUAGAAAAAAGGAUUAUUUUUGUAUGACAAUCGAUAUUGCUGUGAUGUAAAACUAUUCCAUUUGCAUAAUGCAUCUUAUCUAUAUAGUGCAAUUGUAUGCAUUUGGUGACUUUUGUUGCUUGCUCACAUCUUAAUUAAACUCAUUUUUGUGGCUUGGCCAUUACAAACUCAUUGAUGUUCAGUUGUUAUUUAUCUAUAUUAACAUUGUUGUAUUUGUAAAGUUUUCAAUACUGGUAAAAUUGUUGUCAUUGUUUCAUAGCUUAGGAAAGUUUUAUAUAAUGUGUUGAUGAUGUGUUGUUGAAUUGUUAUUCAUUUUUUUCCCUUAGUUAAGGUGUUUGGUUAACAUUUUGAAGUAUAUAAUAUUAAUGUAUUAACAUAUUAAAUUUCAAGUAUAUAUUAUGUAAUCUUUCAUACAUAUUUAUUAUAAAUUUCUAUCUAGACCAGAUAAAAUAGUAUUUUUACAUUAUCAUCUCGACCGUCUUAAAAAUUAAUUAUUCUCUUUGCUUGUGGGAACUUUCGGAAAUCUAUCAGAGAUUUAAACAAACUUCAUUAUUGUUAAAAUGUUUGUACUGGUCUGUGUAGACGUCUUUGCUGGUUUAUUGUCUACAUUAUUCCAUGCUUAGCUUGUUAUAUCCAACUGUGAUAUUUGAUCAUUUUGUGCAAUAAACUGGAGUGGUCUCAUGUUAAGAUUUUUUUGCACUCAUUGAUAUACAUCUUUGAGUUUUUUUGUGUGUAGUUUUUGUUGUAGAUUGCUUAAAACAUACAUUUAAGUGGACAUUUUGUGCUUUUUAUUUUUUUGCAAAGUCAAUGUAGUUAUAUCUUGAUAAGGAUAAAAAGCUAUUAAUUUAACUUGAUGAAAAUGAUUAAAUUCAAAAUAAAACACUUAGUUUAAACUUAUUUAACUUUAUAACGAUUGUGAAACAAGCGAUUGCAACUUGAAAACACUUGAAGUAAAGUCAUGAUGAUUUAUUAUGAACAUUUACACCUUCAGUUUUGCUUUGGUAUGAAAUCAUUUACAGUUUGGUUAACUUACACCUUCAGUUUUGCUUUGGUAUGAAAUCAUUUACAGUUUGGUUAACUUACACCUUCAGUUUUGCUUUGGUAUGAAAUCAUUUACAGUUUGGUUAACUUACACCUUCAGUUUUGCUUUGGUAUGAAAUCAUUUACAGUUUGUUAAUAGGUAGCUACCACAUUAAAUAAUUGAGCUAUUGAGGUUUUGGUGCCUGUGAAUAAUUCCAAUCACAGUGGGUGACAUGGUUUUGUACCAUGUUGUCCAUGACAACAUUCAAUAACUAGCAUGGUUUAAGUGACACAACUGCACAAUAAUAAUAACGGAAAGCUCCACCUACUUGUGACCAUUCCAAUUAAACACAAAUAAAACUCUCCAAUGUUGAACUUGUAGCCAAAAUGAUGGUAUAAUGGUAUUCAAAAAAUUAUCUCCUUUAUUUUGUUUGGAAAAUAUUAUAUUGCGUUCAAUAUAAAUGCUUUACAAAACCUGCCUUUUCAAUAGGACCUACCCUGAGAGUAUUAUGUGUUGUAAACAGUUAUACAGAACUGUUUAGCUGAAUGGUUGUAUAUUUUAAAUUACUCACUGUGAAUGCUUUGGUUAAGAAUUGUUAAGAUUUCUUUGACUAUACUUGUUGCUUGACCAAAGAUGAUUGAAUAGAUUUGACAGAUAUUUUUUUUACCUGUAAAUUACUGAGACCUGUAAUAGACUAGUAAUGUAAGUAUUCAUCAAAUGAAUGAAGAAGUUUAUUAGUUAAUGGGUUGUUACGAAGCUGAUUUUACUUGUCAGGCCAAAGAUGUUUAAUUUACUUUUUCCUAAAAAAAAAUCUCUGGUUUGCUUGUCAGAGUUGAAGAAGUUUUUUAUGUAGAUUAGAAAUUAAAAUAGAUUUUCAAUGAUUUCUUUUUUUUGAUUUUUUUUCUUUUGAAUUACUAGAUUUUAAGGAAAGCCAUACAUCUUAAUACAAAAUUGCUACUGGUAAAGUUUCAUUUUAUAGUUACAAAUGUCAAGUAUAUUUUUCUGAAAAUAGGUUUUGUUGAUAUAGGCAUUAAGUUAUUUAAGAAACAUUCCUUACACAUUAAUACAAUUGCUAUGUAAUCAUAGUAAAAUUUUGUCCUUUUACUUCCCUUAAAUAUAUCCUAUUAAAAUAGUGGCUCAUUAUGGUGUUAUUCCAAAAAUUAAUCCUUGCAAAAAAAAUAUAAUAGUUAAUCGAUAUAAAUUAAACAUUUAGUGUAAUCUUGAUGUUAAUACCUUAAAUGCACUAAUUGAAUCCAAAUGAUGGAUGGCUUUCAGAAGAAGUGUAUGCAUUUAUGGAAUAUGUUGGACCAAAUAUGUUCGAGAAAUCUUUUUUUGUAUUAUUUGAUGCAAUGUUAAUAAAAAGUGGCAAAAUGGGAA